GUGGAUAGAUUCCGAGGUUCGCAAGCGGGGAAAAGAGCUAUUUGACGAAGAGCAGCGCAGGCGGGAUGCGAAACGUGCCGAAGCCGCACGGCCGAAACGGUCGAAACCACUGGGAGAGAUCAUGGGGGGGCCCAAAUCCGCCAAGGGAAGACCUGUGGUGGCUAGUCCAAGUCACAACGGCGAAGGUGUUCCAGCUAACUGUUUGGAUUCUGUUGUGCAAGAGAUGGAAGACGCCUAUGUGGAUUUGAGUGGGAAGACUCAGAGCACAACACUUGAAACAUCAGCAUCCAACGGCGCAAGGAAGAAACCGUGGGCGGCAAUGACGACUGAAGAGAGGGAAGCCUUUCGUAUACAGCUACGCCAGGAAGAAGAGGAGCUUACACAGGAAGCAAUAUAUGUGCCCGCGCCCCCCGUCCAGCAGGACUUGGAUUCGUACACAUAUGACGAUGUAGAGGAGAACGUAAUGCAGGUUUCGAUGGAUCCCGGGCCGCCGGAGCCUGUACAGGUAGAGUCCCAGGAACGCUCGACACGCACCGAAAACAUCCAACAGGCGAGCGUCGUUGUCCAGGCAAGCCAAGGCCAGCAACAAUCAGACGUAGAAGACGCCGACGCCGUCCAGUCCCUCCCGCAACUCCCAAGUUCGCUUCCGCGCGACCCGUCUAGUUAUGUUUCUGACACCCCAAAGCGACGUAUCCACGAAGCGCUGUCACUACUCAACGUUAAAUCCGAGGAGAUCCAGCGCCUUCAAUUCGAGCUCACUCAGGAACGGCAGAACGCAAAGCGUGCCCAGACGGAGCUCACCAAAGUAACCGAGGAGUGCGAGACUCUACGGACUUCGGUAUCCGAGGAGCGCGUCAGACUCCAGGAAGAGCAAGCUCGGUUAGAAGAAAGGCGGAAAAGAUGGACAGACGAUAGGCUGGCCUGGAUGGAGGAGAUGGAAAGAUGGAAAGAAGCUCACGAUGUGUGGAAGAGGCAACGAGACGAGUCACCGCACCAACAACUCAAACCUCCAGAACAGGCCACAGGCACGAAUGGAGUUGCAAAGACUCACACGUUGGAGGAGAAUCGGCCAAAUUUGAAUGGCGAGCAUGCGGCGACAUUUAGCACGGAUACCCUGGGAGCAGAUCGCAAGGCACUCAUUGAAGAACGCGACUUGUUGUCUGAGAAGGUUUCCCAGUUGAGCGCUUCCGUCAACCAGAUGGCUGCUGCAAAAGCAUCUGUCGAAACGGAUCGCGACUUCUUUCGUGAGCAAUACUUGCAAGCAUCCGGGUUCGUCAGCUCAGUUCGUGCUGAAAAUGCUGAACUGGAGGAGAGGGUCAAGAUAGCUGAAGGUCAGGCGGAAGAGGGUGUAGCGAAAAUUAAGCAGCUCUUCGAGACCAAGGUUAAGGCUUUUCAGGAUGACAUCUACCGCUGGAAAACUCUUGCAGAAAUACUGCAGGAGAAGGAUAGUCGGACGAAUGACGAAGUGCGCACGCGUGCGGCGCAGACAACUGAACUGGAGAGUCUUUGCAGAACACUUUUACGGGACAAUAAUUCGCUCGAAACUGAUUUGCGGAAACUCGGACGUGCAUUACAGAAGGUAUCUGUCCAGCGCAGCAAGCUAUCAUCCAAGGUUCUGUCGAUAACGAAAGAGAAAGCAAGGUUGAAAGCAAAACUGGCGAAGUGUUCUGAUUCACAGGACUCAUCCAAGUCCGUGCAGGAGCAUUUUACGAUUGUUCUUUCAGACGAUGCUGAAAGUGUGGAUCCUAAUGUUAUGGAUGUCAUGACGGCUUCGCAGCCGACACCUCCGCACGAAGAGGCGAGCUUUGACGGCGAGGAAUGGUUUACUUGUUUGUGGCGCCAUCAGCUGGAGCUAUGUCCUCGGAUAUUUGAUUGCAAGGAGGAUUUGUUGAGGCAUAUGUCAGAACAUGUGAGCUAGUAAUAUUCAAUGUAAGAUGUCGGGAAGCUGGGUCCAUGUCGUUCUUUGUAUUUUUUGUUGUUGUAUUCCAUAUAUUGAUGCCGCUUUCAGUAUAAGGAUGAUCAGCCUGACACGCCACAAAGUGAAAGGCGCGUAACCUCGGGGGUAGCGCAGACAUACGACUCCGUAUUUUAUGUAAGUACAACAUGACAUGCUGUACGGCGUGAUACAAUUGACCUUAAGCCGUAAAUGUGACGAUCGUUGUCCCAUAAUUUAUCGGUAGUACUGAGAUGAUUUCUAACUGCCUUUGUCCGUCUC